AUAAUAAAAAUAUUUUUCACACAUCUUGAAAUUAUCCUUUGGAUUAUUGAAGCAAUUUCAUUGAAAUUUCUAAGAAAUUUCAGUGUCACAAUGGGAUAUUUUCAGGAAAUCAGCAAUACUAAUGACUUACAGCAGUUAGACAUGCCAGCAUUACAACGUCCAAAAAGGAGAAGAAACACGAAAAAGAACCAAAGAAAAAAUCACAGCAGUGAUAACAUACAGGAGCUCGAGGAUAUCACAACUUCUUUCACGCAUAUGGAGGAGAGUCAUCCGAUGAUGUCUUCCAUCCUUGACGAGGACAUUUACACAUGCCCAAUUUGUGGAAAAAGAGGGAUGACAGAUGACGAGGACAACGGCAUUCUGUGGGUUGGCUGUGACAACCAAGCAUGCAGUCUUUGGUUCCACAGGGACUGUCUUCCAAGUGUAGACCAUGCAGAGGUUGAUUUGAGUCUUUUGGUUGGCAGUGAAUGGUUUUGUUAUAUUUGUAAAAAGACAUCUGUACUGUUGUCUGCUAAUGAGUCGGUGUCACCUAAUCAGUCUACAUCCUCCUGCAAGUCUGUGUCACCUCAUCAGACACCUCAUCUGACAUCAGCGUCCUGUGAGUCUGUGUUAUCUAUUCAUCAUGAUCAGGCUGUCCUGAGUGCAUCUCAAUCCCUUAUACCUCUGAUAUGUCAAGUGUGCAUGUGCCAUGAGUCCGAGACAAGUUUUGAGGACAGGUCACUCUUUUGGGCCUCUUGUGAGGAAAGUCAAUGCCUUAGAAGCUACCACCAGAUGUGCUUGCCGCCAAAUGUUUAUAGAUCCUAUGAAAUGUCAAGGGUAUCAGCGUCAAAGUGGAUAUGUGGUCAUUGCCCUACAUUCCGAUACGAUACACAGUAGACAUCUACACAAUUUCAAACCUUUAAAUCUAAAUGUUUUUAUUAUGAUGACACAACAAUUGAUUUGUCAUGUCUAUUACUGCCCACUUUUUAACAGUUACAUUGUAAAAUAAAACUGAUGUACAAAAAUAUAAAUUGAUUUGUAAAAUUGUAUGAUAAAAUGCUAUGAUAAUCAUUAUGUACAGAUGAAGUUGUAUGAUAGUUAUUGUUCAAGUAAUAACCGUUUUUGUGAGUGUAAUUAUGUAAAUAUUGAUGUCAAAUAAUUUCCGAAAUGUUUCAAAUUUGUUUGAACUGAAAAUGAUUAAUGUCUCAAAAACACUGGUCAUAAUUAAACCAUGUUUCAUCAAUCUGAUUUAGUUCAGUUUAAUGUUGUUUUGAGUGAAUAUCUGCAAAAUGUCUACCUGAAAACUUCAAUGAGAAAAUCGUUGAAGGCCUAUAACUCUACUACAGUACUACCAGACCAUGCGUUACCAUGUGGUUCAUGACACGUAACUUCAUUUCAAAUGUUUACAGUGAAAUCAAUGUGUAUAAAGUAACAAAUAGUACCAAAAGUA